AUGGGAGCACUUAGUGAUCCUAGUGAAGCCGAAUUGGACUUCCUUCAACAAAGGCAACAAUUCAAAGAACGCUUUCGAAUCAAUCAUAUGAAGGAAUCGGGGUCUGCUAAUGAUCGUCCCAUCGAUAAGAAUAAAAGUGACAAGUUUUUCUUUCUUUUCGGAUGUUCAUCGACGAGGAAGGAAUUGAUAAAGCUGCAUUUGUGUCUUCAUCUUUGCAGCUUCGGGACAUUCUUUGGACCCUCACAACCUACCAUAUCGCGAAGAGUGCUCGAAGAAAGAAAAGCACUAAUGCCGGGAUUAACGAAGUUGGCAUCCAAGGUCAGACGUUCUGAUGAUCAGGGUAAAAAGAGCCUGAAGACCCCUUCCUCAAUUACAACAAAGUCUGGUUCGACAUUAAAAAUUAUAAAGAAGUCCCGGGAUUACUCCUUUUUGUCGUUAAACGAAGCAGAAACACCGGCAACUUCAAAAGGGGAGUCUAGACUCCGUAAAGAUUCUGUCUCGAAUUCAAGCAAUGCAAGAACUCCGGUUUCUGGUACGAAUAGAGCUCCUGUGGCGAAGUUGAAGCCUGAAAAGAAGCAACGUUGGGAAGAUAAGGAGAGACAUCAUGAGAAGAGACAAGAUUUGAUGCCAAGGCAGUCUUCCUUGCAACGUAAGGUUCCAAAAGUGAAUGAAACUUCUUCAACGAAGUCACUGCCUGCAUCGAAGAAAAAAUUGGAACAACGAAAGGAUUUGCAUCAACCUACAAAACUAAAACCAAAGCCAGAUAAAACUCAGUCUCCUCCACAAGAGAAUUCAACGAAGUCACUGCCUGCAUCGAAGAAACAAUUGGAGCAACGAAAGGUUUUGCAUCAACCUGCGAAAGCAAAACUGAAACCAGAUGAUAAAACUCAGUCUCCUCCACAACGACAGAAUCUUGAUAGGUACAAAGCCUCCUCAUCAAAGUUACCAUCUUCGACAAAGCACGACAUUAAAAAAGAAAAGCAAAUCCUCCAACCCAAUAACACAAGAGUGAUGCCGAAACGGCAAAACUCCUCGAAAAAUAAGCAGAUCAAACGCGACGUGGCGGAGAGUUCUUAUGAUGACAAAGUCGAAGUUUCUUCUAUGAUCCAAUCAAUUUUUAGACGUAAACGUAAGCAUAUUCGGGAGGAAUAUUCCGAUUCUGACGAGGAUGACGCUGCAAUGGUUUCCACCUUUCACGAUAUUAUUAGAGAAGAGAACAGGAGUUCAAAAAUUGCUAGGAAGGAGGAUGAAAUCGAGCGUCUACGGCUCGAAGAAGAAGAGAAGCAAGAGAGGUUAAGAAAAGCAAAGAAGCAGAAGCUGAAAGCAUACAAAAGCGAUUCCAACUCUUGAUGUAAAUGACCUAAUUGAUAGA